UCUUUUCCGGAAACGCUACGCUAUCGUGGUAUGCGGAGUAUAGGAGUUGGCAAGUAAAAGCACGUUUGUUUGUUAUGUUUUUCUUUCACGGGUUAUAAAGUUACAAUUUCACUUGCGAAAGUGAUCAGGAAAGUCGUUUGUAUGUUGAACAAAUGGACGGACGUCGAUUCAGGAGAGGUAGUAAAGUCGAACACCAAACUUUUUCGAUGCUGAGAAGUGUUUUCGAGUAAGCUCAUUGUUGUGCGAGUUAAAGUCCAAGACUUCACCACAGUUUUUCGUCGUGCUGGUAAUAUAACUCCAAUAUCUCCUGCGAUGCGUUAUGGACUCUGUGUGAUGUGAGGAUGGGUGGACGAGGUGUGGUCGAAAGUGGCUUCAGCCCCGGAGGCUGAUGCCCGCCUCCAUCGCCCCGUCAGGAUGCACAUAGCCUCGGUGGGCGUCAGUAAGGUCUGCUUUCUGUUUUCCCUUGCCUUCUGUGGCCUCCUGCUGAUGCUCAUCCCGGCCCUUCAUCCCACGACUCGGCAAGUGGACCCGCCACAGCCGCGACCUCAGUUUAAGACCUCGCCAAACACUUUACAGGAAGGUGCUGGGAGCCCUUCUAGGGGGGCAGAUUGGACCACAGCAUUGAAUACAAACUCAGGAGAGCUGCGUGCUACCAUCGAGACUGAACGUGGAAAUGACGACUACAGGGAGACGUACUCGGAAAAAAACUCCAAUACAGUUUCCAUCUCUGGAGGACAAGACCGAAUUCUCCCAGGUUUAGCAUCACAUGACCCGUUGCAGUUGAAGGACAUUUUUAUUGCAGUGAAGACUACCAGGAAGUACCACAAAUCCAGACUGGAGCUGCUGAUCCAAACCUGGAUAUCACAGGCUAAAGAACAGACCUACAUAUUCACAGACGGUGAUGACAAAGAGCUACGAAUGAGAACAGGUGCAAACAUCAUUAACACUAACUGCUCAGCGGCUCACACUCGCCAGGCUCUGUGCUGCAAGAUGUCUGUCGAGUAUGACAAAUUCCUUGAGUCCAAGAAGAAGUGGUUCUGCCACGUGGAUGACGAUAACUAUGUCAUCCUACCGAGCCUUUUGCGGCUGCUGUCUUCUUACCAUCACAGCCAGGAUGUGUACCUCGGCCGUCCCAGUCUGGACCACCCCAUAGAAGCUGCAGAGAGAGUGAAAACCGAUGGCUUGGUAUCAGUCAAGUUCUGGUUUGCAACUGGUGGUGCAGGUUUCUGUAUCAGCCGAGGUCUGGGACUGAAGAUGAGCCCCUGGGCCAGUUUGGGGAAUUUCAUCAGCACAGCAGAGAAGAUCCGCCUGCCGGAUGAUUGCACCAUUGGCUACAUUAUUGAAGCUCUGCUGGAGGUCACUUUAAUACACACACACCUCUUCCACUCCCACUUGGAGAACCUCCAGAAGCUGCCCACGGACAGAGUUCUGGAGCAGGUGACACUUAGCUACGGAGGAUAUGAGAACAGACGGAAUGUGGUCAGUAUUGUUGCAGGCUUUUCACUGGCUGAAGACCCCACAAGGUUUAAAACAGUCCACUGCCUCCUAUACCCUGAUACUGACUGGUGUCCAAAGCUUCAAUGGAAAAACUGAAAAACUCUUCGAUCCCGCAAAGUCUCCAUCCUUUGCUUAGAUCAAGCUACCUUUAGUCGUGAAUUAUUCACAACCGAUGCCUGCCUUCAAGUCCUACCUCAUUAGGGUUACUAUAACCGGAUUUAGGGAUUUUUAUGGUGUCAAAAGGCACCCAGCUCACGAAACGAGGCAAGAUUUUAACAUCAAUUUUAAAAAAAAUUAUGUGAAAAAAUAUGACCGAGCAAACUUUUUUGUUUAACCGUGCCACAUGACACCCCUAUUAUACACUUUUUAGGGUAUACUCACACUAGGCCAUUCCAAUCCCGAUUCCCCCUCCUGCACCCUGUCUGCUUGUGCCAUCAUUUUAUUAUUUCUGCAUAUUAUUUCCUGAUUUAUGUGGAUUAUUUCCCGUCUUAUUUAGAGUCAUGGUGUAUUUCUAUGGUGCAAGCUGGCUGUCAUUGACACCCUCCACUGUGUCACUCUAUUCGCUAGUGUGGGGGGGUUUUGACCACUUUGACAGUGAGUGUUUUUUUGGAUUAUUAUGGAGAAAAGCUGUAAUCUUGGGCGAAAGGCUGCUUUCCAUUACUUCCAAAAAUGUUCAAAAUAUUGUCACCUACAUAUUGUCAACUGCUUGAUUCCGCCAUUACUGUUUUGGUGUUUUUGCACUAUGUUUAUUAUUACAUCUUUAUUGUUCAUGCGAUGCUGUGUGAACAUCUCUGGGUUGGGUUUUGGGUUUCAAAGACUUCAUAGUCCUGUCAUGACCCUCGACAACCACUGUUUUAGUUGAUUUGAUGCUAUGAUUUGUCAUUUUUACUUGGACAUCUGAAUGACCAAAAUACACAUAUUGCAUAUUGCCAAAUGUAAAAUGGAUAAAUGUGUCCAUUAAUGUUAAUCAAUGCAAUGUUAGCGUGAACGCUAUUUAAUUACCUCCAAGCCAAAGUGCCAGUGUAAUGGUUGUUAGACGUCCCCGUUAACCACAGCCAAAUACAGUAUCGUUUUUUUUGUAUUUUGUUUAUUUUGCACAGAAUCCCAAAUCCAAAUGAUAUGUGUCACUGCAGGUCAGUGUUUGGGACAGUGAUGUGUAAGCCUGUUUUGUUAUGUAAUGUCUAGUUUAGUUAAGAAUAAAAUAUUCUGUUCUUGUGAA